UUGGCCACUUUAUUUUGAAAUACAUGUCAUGAACCGGAUUUGAAUACCAUCAGAGAGGUCAGAGAAAACGCACGUGUGGGAAAGUAGGAGUGCGAAUCAGAGAUCUUGAGAACCUGACACAAUGACAUCUUUAGCCCACCAGUUGAAACGCCUGGCCUUGCCUCAAAAUGACCCCAAUCUGCUCACUCGUCGGGAGGUUGCAUCCCUACUGUUUGACCCUAAAGAUGCUUCCAGUAUGGAUAGAAGCACCUUCUUUGCACUUGGAUGCACAGGGCUCGAGGAACUCCUGGGCAUCGAGCCUGCAUUCAGUGAGUUCCAGGAGACACUCUUCAGCCAAGCCUCAGUGGGCAUGGAGCGCAGUGUCCAGUCCAAGGAGGUCAACAAGAAACUGGACGAAGGCAUCUCCCUGUUUCUUACACGGCUUUCCCCAUAUUUUCUACUCAAGCCUGCCCAGAAGUGCAUCGAGUGGCUUGUACACAGGUUCCACAUCCACCUGUACAAUGUGGACACACUGCUUGCCUGUGCCUUGCCAUAUCACGAGACUAAAGUGUUUGUCAGAGUCAUUCAGCUCUUUAGGUUAAAAGACCCCACUAACCGAUGGAAUUGGCUCGAGGGGCUUCAGAAACCAGGAGUUCCUUUGGCCAGAGGAACCCUAAUCACUCACUGUUACAAAGACUUGGGCUUCAUGGAUUUCAUCUGCACCCUGGUCACGAAGUCAAUCAAGGGAUAUUCAGGACAUUCUGGCAACUGUGCCCAGCUUCGAGUGAUUUUCUCUUUUUAUGCCUCCACUAUUGUACCGGCUUUGGAUGCUGUGGAGAAAGUCUCUGACACAAUCAUAUCCAAGCUGCUGCCUUAUGUUCAGAAGGGUCUGAAGUCCUCUUUGACAGACUACAAGGCUGCCACCUACAUGAUAGUGUGCCAGCUGGCUGUGAAGGUGGUGAUGGAGGCCCAGCUGGUGGACAUCCUGGCACUGCAGAUCAGCAAGUCACUGUGCAAGGAGCCUGUGCUGCCCAAAGAGGGCCUGGGCUGCCUCAUUGUCCUCCUGCAGAACCAGAAGGAGGGCACUGUCGGCCCAAAAUCCUUUGGCCAGCUGUGUGCUGUGACUUCCUUGGUCCCCUCCCUCCAGGCAAUGGCUGCAGUUCAUGACAUCAGUCCCUUAUUGCGCUACCUGCUGCCUCACCUGGUUCAUGCUGUCGUUACCACCGGCACUGAUGAGAUGGAGACUGAGGAGCCCUCAGAGAGCAGCCGCCAUGGGAACCUGUUUGAGUCUGUCCUUCAAGACCUUCCACUGUCUGGUGGUCUUGAUAACACAGUAGCAAAGAUGCUACUUGAGGAAUACCUCUCCCAGAGUCGGCUCUCUGCUGAGGGUGUCACUGCCCUCAACCAGCGCUUGCUGCCAUUAGUCCGACUGUUCGAGUCAAAGUACCCAGGUGCUCUGUACAUAGUCCUGGAGGGCCAUGUGAGUGACCUCUCUAGCGCAGAGGACAAGAACCUCUUCCACCAAUUCAUCUCCCUGUCCAUGAGCAGUGGCAAGUACCAGAUCCUCGGGGACUCUGACACCUCCCUCAUGUUGAGCCUGAAGCACCCGCUCCCCUCUGUGAGGCACAUGGCUGUGGAACACCUGAUGGGCAUUGUCACCUCAGGACAGGGGGGUUUUGACCAGGCCUUCCUGAAGGAGGCUCUGCUGGAGCGUAUGAAGGAUGACAUCCCAGAGGUGGUGGCUGCAACCUUGAAGGCCCUGGAGCUCUACGUUGAUCGCCUGGAUCCAGAGGACACUGUGUCAUGUCUCCUCUCACUGCUACAACGUGUAGACCUCUCAAAUGCUGGAAACUGGUGUCCAGUGUUGAAGCAGGCAGUGAGGGUUCUGGAUGAACCCAGACUGGUUGAAGGGAACUCUGACCUUAAGACUUGUGUCGUCUGGGGUCUUUUGCCCUUUCUUGUGGUCACCUCGGCCCUGCCCGACUCCCCAGACCUCCAGCUGGCCACCUGUGUGGCCCAGUCCACCAUCAUAUCCCAGCACAACCUCACUCAGGGCUGGGCCUAUGCGCUCAAGGCCGUGGUGGAGAGGAGUUCUCAGCCGGACUUCAUUGGGUUGGCCAACCAGCAUCUCAUCUCAACACUGACCAAGAACCUGUCUAACAUGGACCCCUUUUCCAAACGCAUUGCUCUGGAGAAGCUGGCUGGGGUGGUAGCAGUCCAGCGGGGCAGCCUGAGGGAGAGGGCUGCGUUCGUGGUGCUGAGCCAGACCUUACUGCAGAGCCUGGGGGACAUGAGUGAGACCCAGCACCUCCACACAGCCCAGAGUGUCUACUCCCUGCUGGAGCCUGCGAUACUGGAACUCACCCAGAAAGACAUGCCUACGCAGCAGGAGGAUGUGUCUCUCUCCUUCUCUGAGGGGCUGGGAGAGUACCUGCAGAGGCUCCGGGCAGGGCAGAGCAUGGAUACAGAGUAUGCUGUGCUGCUGGUGUCACUGCUCAGAGGGCUCAUAUCCACCCUGAAGUGCCAUGACACUUCCUUCAAAGGUGAGACAUGGUGGAACCCAGAGAAACUGGACACCAACACUUGCUGCUACCUCCGGUUGCUGUGUCACCUGUUUGACAUCCUCAUCACAGGGGCAGGCCAGGGGCACAUGGCAGCCAGCUUCAGGGCCCUGAUGAAGCUGCUCUUUCAGGUCCACCUGAGUGAUCCCAUGGAGCUCUUCAAGUUCCUGAGUCUGGUGUGGGGCUACGGCAGUAACCUAGGAGACCAGCUGGACUGUAAGGUCAAUGCCAUUUUGCAAACCCAGGCCCUCUAUGUGGGCAGAGCCCUCCUCAGCGCCCAGCCAGGGAAGACCCUCACACUGCUGGCAUCAGGCUCAUCACCAGUUGUGCUGUCCCUGCUGGCCUGUCUGAGCUCCCCUGUCCGUGAGGUGAGGAGGGCAGCCACAGCCACCCUACAGACACUAGCCCAGGUGGAUAGCUCUCCCUUCCACCCCAUCAUAGACAGGCUGCUGAAGACCACCGAGGAGCUCACCACUGGCCCAACUCACCUCAGCCAGGCCCUGGGGAAGCUCUAUGAGGAGGCUGUAACGGGGACAGGGAAAGGCAAGGCCCGGGACAAGAAGCUGCUGGUGGGGUUGGAGGAGCUGCUGCUGGGUGUCCAGGUGGCCAACUGCCCUGCCUACACUGCCAAGACCAUACUGAGGGCUCUGGGAGAAGUCAAUGGAGAGUCUGUGUUGUCUGUCCUAAUGCCUGUCCUGGAGCGCCUGCUGGAGCAGAGCGGGCCGGAGAACCCCACUGUCCUAAAGGACGAGGCCCUGCUCAUGCAGCUGGUCCUGGGGAAGUACAACGAGCAGGCAGCCCCCCUCCUGGUGAAGGACCAGGACUGUCUGGAGCUCUUCAUCAAGGCCCUGGGCGCGGUGUCUAAGCCCUACCCUGAUAUCCCCUGCUUUCAGAUCAUCGCCCUGGAACAGAUCACCAAGGCGUUCUACUCAGCCCUCGGAGAUGAGAAGGUCCAGCAGAGGCUCCUGGGGGUGAUGUUUGACUUGCUGGUGGAGAGCACGAGUCCUGUCUGUGCCCAGACCAUCAGCAGUGUCUUUAAAGGGAUUGCUGUGGACGGCGAGCUAGUGGCUAACGAGCUAGCCCCAGCAGAGAAGCCCAAAGUCACCGUGUCAGUACAGCAGACCCGCAGGAGCAAGAUGCUGCAGAGGAAGGCCCAGGACACUCCUCAGGCAGUGCCAAUAGAGGGCGCCGUGUCCUGGCAGAGGGUGACUCUCAUCCUGGAGCUGCUGCAGCACAAGAAGAAGCUGAAGAGGCCACAGACGCUGGUGCCCGCUCUCUUCAGCCUGCUCUCCAGGUGUCUGGAGACGUCCACCGUGGAGCGAGGUAACCUAGAGUACAUCAAGCAGCUUAUCCUCGGCUGCCUGCUCAACGUCUGCCAGAAGCUCUCCCCUGACGGAGGACCCGUCAGCAAAGAUGUGCUGGAUGAGGACAAGUUCAACGUGGAGGUUGUGGUGCAGUGUGUGAGGAUGUCCGACAUGCCCCAGACCCACCAUCAUGCCCUGCUCCUUCUGGGAAACGUGGCUGGCAUCUUCCCUGAGAAAGUCCUGCACAACAUCAUGCCCAUCUUCACCUUCAUGGGCUCCAACAUCAUGCGUCUGGACGACACCUACAGCUUUCAGGUCAUCAACAAGACCGUCCGGACGGUCAUCCCUGCCCUCAUCAAGGCCAACGAGAGUGGCGACGGCGAGUCAACCGCUCACAUGGAGGCGGUGGUGACGCGCAUCGUGCACGUGUUCGCCGACGCGCUGCCCCACGUGCCCGAGCACCGCCGCCUGCCCAUCCUGUCCCAGCUGAUGACCACCCUGGGGCCUUCCCGCUUCCUCUGGGUCCUACUGCUGCUCCUGUUCAAGCAGCACGCUACCCAGACCAACGCCACAGAUAAGGAUGCUGCGUUGGAGAGGGACGUGGAGUUCUGGAUCUCAGUGUGCUGUGAGUUUGAGGUGGAGGAACAGCUCGUCUCUCUCAUAAAGAUCCUGAAGUAUCUCAUGGCGCUGCCGCAGGACAAAGACGACGGACCUGUGAAGAGGCCAACACGUGGCAGGGGAGCCGGGAAGGAGACGGCAGAGGAGCUGAUCUUCAGCAUGGAGGCCCACAGCAGCAAAGAGCUGCGCCACUUCAAGUUCCUCUCGGUCUCCUUCAUGGCCCAACUCUUGGCUGCCGGCAGCUUUGUGGGAAUGAUUGCGGCGUGCGGUGACAUCGUGGAGGAUUCACUGCAGAAGCUACAGCAAAGUCUUCUGGAGGAGAUCCUUUGCUACAUCCACACUGUGGCUCGCUGUGUGGAGGAGAACACUGACAAACCAACUGGCAAGUUCUGGAGAGCUCUCCUCAAUAAGGCCUACGAUGUCCUGGACAAAGUGAACGCCCUGUUGCCCACGGAUACGUUCAUCACGGUGAUGCGAGGCCUGAUGGGUAACCAACUGCCGUCUGUGAGGCGGAAGGCUAUGGAGCUGCUCAACAACAAGCUGCAGCAGAAAACCCAGUGGCAGGAGGAGCAGGUGACAGUGCUUCUGGACCUGACAGGCGACCUGCUGGCAAUUGUGGGACGUGGUCACGGCAAGGUCAAAGUCAUGGAGGAGGAGCUGGCCAUCAACAGGCAGACAGCCCUCUACAGCCUCAAGCUGCUGUGCCGCAGUUUUGGCUCGGACCAUAAGGAGGCAUUUGUACCGGUGCUAAACCGGGUCGUGGAGAUAGUGGUGUCACCAGAGGAGGAGAAGAACGUGAUGGGCAGUGCCCUACUUUGUAUCGCUGAGGUUGCCAGCACUCUGAAGGCCCUGGCCAUCCCACAGCUGCCCAGGCUGAUGCCGGCGGUGCUGCUGUCUCUAACCGAGAGAAAGGAGGUGUUGUCUAAUGAGCUCUACAUGUUGAGUGCCGUCACAGCUCUGCACCGCGUCACUGAGACCCUGCCUCACUUCAUCAGUCCCUACCUGCAGGACACACUGCUUCAGGUGGCUCGACUGACGCGGGUGGCAAAGAAGGCCACCACCACCCCACAGCUGGCCAUGCGACUGGCCUCCCUCAGUACCACUGUGGCCACCAAGGUGCCCCCCAGGGUCCUGCUGCCCACCCUCACCAAAUGCUACAGCAAGAUGGUGAACUCCAAACAGAGCCGGCUGGGUCCCCUGAUGAGCAUCUUGAAGGAGCACAUUGGUCACAUGGAGAAGGAUCAGCUGACCUCCCACCAAUCAGAGCUUACGUCCUUCUUCCUAAUUGCGCUGGACUUCCGGGCCCAACACUGCCAUGGUGAUCUGGAGAAGACCAAGGAGAUUGAGGGCUAUGUGAUCGACUGUCUCCUGGCCAUGGUUAUGAAGCUAUCUGAAGUCACCUUCAGGCCCCUGUUCUUCAGACUCUUUGAUUGGUGCAAGACUGAGAGCGUAGCCAAGGACCGCCUGCUGACCUUCUACCGCCUGUCGGACAGCAUCGCAGACAGGCUCAAGGGGCUCUUUGUCCUGUUUGCCGGUCACCUGGUCAAGCCCUUCUCUGACCUGCUCCGUCAGACCAACCUAACAAAGACAGAUGAAGCCUUCUUUGACACGGAGCACAGCAUUGAGAAGCGUUGCCUGCUGCUGGAGUACAUACUGGACUGCCUCCAUAAGAUCUGCCUGUACGACACGCAGCGUUUCGUCAGCAAGGAGAGAGCCGACUCCCUCAUGACCCCUCUGGUCGAUCAGUUGGAGAACACCCUGGGUGGAGAGGAGGUUUACCAGGCCAGAGUCACCAAGCACCUGGUGCCGUGCGUGGGCCAGUUCUGCGUUGCCGUGGGUGACGACACUCUGUGGAAGACCCUCAACUACCAGGUCCUGCUGAAGACGCGACACAGCUCUUCCAAGGUGCGUUUCUCUGCCCUGCUGAUGCUGCUGGAGCUGGCUUCUAAGCUGAGGGAGAACUACAUGGUCCUUCUACCAGAGACCAUCCCCUUCCUGGCUGAACUCAUGGAGGACGAAUGCGAGGAGGUGGAGCAUCAAGUACAGAAGGUGAUCCACGAGAUGGAGACCAUCUUGGGAGAGCCUCUUCAGAGUUACUUCUAACCUGCGUCCCACUUCCACCUCUUCAUCACCAUAUAAGGGCCCAGAUCGACACGUAGCCCACUACGUCCCCCUAUCAGAAAGCUGAGCCUCAGCCCCCCCCCCCCCCCCCCCCCCCCCAGCUUAGACAUUAACUGUUUCUCAGAACUGUGCAACAAUCAAAAUAAAGAUGGGAGACACUGGAGGUUAACCUUUGUUUGCAUGUAUCUCUGGUCAGUUGGAUACCUGGUACAUAUAGGAUGGCGCUCUAGCAGUAAGAAGAAAUGAUCAGCCCAAAAUGUAUCCUGUGGGAAUUCAAAAAUGUAUUCAUUUUGUUAGGCUAUCGCUGUUGUCUUUUCCCUUUUUGGAAGGUGUUAUGAAAAACUUCUGGGAACUUUUUAAGUCUUGGUUUUGUUACAUUGUAUGACAAUGUAAUAUGUACAUUUUGAAAUAAUACAUUUGUAAACUAACUCUUCAUUGUAAUACAUUUGAAUAAAGGCUUUUGAAAGCUUA